UACACCACUUCACAGGCCCAAAUUGAGAACUGCGAAAACAGCAUUUCCUUAUCUGACGUCUCAUUGGCCAUUAACCUCUUUUCCUCCCGGCUGCUGUUGUUUAUAAGUAUUAGUUGUCAUUAUGCAAGGUCACCGAUAUACUGGCGCUGUUUUAAGACACAUCCAUGCGGACUCUGCCUCCAUCAAUCAUGGCGGGAACAUCUCUGGUCCUUGCUGUCUGUCUGCUGUGUCUUGUUUCGGAAACCGCAGCGUUUGAGGCACGGAUUACAAAACCUAUUCACUGUGACAGGAAUGAGGUUAGAUUCCACCGUGGCCACCAGUACCUGUACCACUACAGUACCACUGUGGAGACGACCUUUGUGGGGACUACGGCCUCCAAAUCCGCUUUCAGACUAGACUGUGAGGUAGUGGUGGAAGCGAGGAGGAAGUGUGAGGCUUACCUGAACGUGACCUCGUGUUCACUGUUCCACAGACAACCAGGGGAAGGCGACGUCUAUAUCAAAGAUACAACUUUAUCAGCAGACGUAACACAUCUCCUGAGCAGGGAGAUGUACUUUCAGUUUGACAGCGGCACUAUUCGCCCUCACACCAUCGUCGUGGAUAGCGAGGAGACAAACGAUGCUCUUAACAUAAAGCGUGGGAUUUUGUCAGCGCUUCAGAUCAAAAUCAUGGAUGGAGAACCCGGAGAUCAGGACCACACCAUGGAAACCGUGGACGUGUUAGGUACCUGCCCUACCGAGUACGAAGUGGAGAGUCCGGGCAAGGUAUUAACCUUCAGAGACAUCACCAGGUGUCAAAUUCCGCACUACAGUUAUCGUCAGCACAACCUGUUCUCCAUGAUCAAGAAGGUGUAUGGUGGCUUUCUGAACAGUCCUAUCGAUGAGCUAAUUUAUCCAUUCAACUCAACAAUAAAAUGUGAGCACACUUUAGGAGAUAACAACAGACUUGAAGAAACAAGAUGUCUUCAGCAACAAGUGUUUCGUCCUUUUGCACGCGAGGGAACUAUAGUUGCAACAUGCAUGGCUAAUAUAAGUCAGCAUCUGGUCCUACAACAAACAAGAGAUCUUCUCGAAAGCAAUGCUAACCGUAAAAUGAGAGGAAAGAAAUCAGGCAGCCUCGGGUACGAGUUUGAUGAUCUAGGAGAGAACAUUCUGGUGACUAAAGAUGAUAUCAGUCACUGGCUGCAUAAACUCACAGUUUACGACGGCGCCCUGGAAACAACCCCUAAGUUAUUCCAUGAAUUCCUGUGGUUCCUCCGACAAGCGCAGACCAACGAUAUUUUGGAGGUUUUGGCAGAUGUAUGGAAUUGUCAUGGAAACCAAGGAAACUACUGCAAUAAAAAGUUUCAAACACUGGAGCAGGACUACCUUCACGAUGGUCUUCUAGCUUGCGGGACGGAUGCAUGCAUCAGUGCAUUCACACAGACCAUGAGAGCAGGGCAUGUCAGUAGGUGGCUGGAGUAUAUGUUUGUAUACGAUGUCGCCCUGUACCACGAAUCGUCACCAGAAGUUGCUAGCACCAUGCUGGAAAUGUGCAUAGAAAGGAGCAGAGAAAGUUGUUGGUUUCCCCUGAGUAUCUUGAUCAACAAAAUUGCGACUGCUGGUAGAAUAGCAAUAGAUUUGGAAUCUGGACCUGUGUAUCGGACUCUCCAUCACGUCCGUGAGACAAUGGGGGAUACGUGUCACAAUGGGAUUUCAUCGACCUUAACCCCUCCUGAGAAACAGAAUGCUAUUGGUGAACUUCUUCAGAUGAUAAAAGUAAGGCCAAGAAACACAAUUAUUGAACAACUGGAUAGUAGUGAUAAUUAGCCACCUUCCCUGUUUGACCGUCAGAACCUUACCUGUAUGACCGUCAGUACCUUACCUGCAUUUUACCGUCAGUACCUUAACUGUAUGACUGUCAGUACCUCACCUGUUUGACCGCCAGUACCUUAACUGAAUGACCGUCAGUACCUUAAAUACCGGUAUGAAUGUCAACACCUUACUUGUAUGACUGUCAGUACCUUUCAUGUAUGACUGUCAAUGUUUUAUCUGUAUG